GCGUCGCGACGUCGCGGAGGUUCCCUGUCCCCGGGCCUGUCCUCGAUAAGCACCGCCGCUCUUAUCGGCUCCCCGCGCAAACGACACGUGGGUUUUCCGCGGUCCGGCCAGGUGACCUCGUGCGUCGCGAUGCCCCCUGCGUUCCUAUCGCACGUACCUCCACCUAACUAGAUAACGAAAAGUUCACUAUCGAACAUCUAUAAUCCCAAAUAAAAUGAAAAUUAGAAUUAUACAUGACCGCGGGGAUGAUUCGUGGUAAUUGAGCCGGACACUGUUAAUGGGAUAGCUUGAAAGAAAAUCACCCUUGAUAAGGGGAUAAGUUGGGAAAAUCGGCGGGUGAUAUUUUCCAGCCGGUGUGAGGGGAGGUGCUAUGUUUGGCAAUUGCAAGUGAUAUUGUGCAUGGAUUAAGUGACUCGUGGUUUUGGAAAAUCCUGGACCAUCCCCUUCCCUCAUGGAUACUGGCACCCGGUAGUACGCGCUCCACGGAUCCGCGAAGUCCCGAGAGGUCCAUAGAUCGCAGAAGAAGGUGCCAUUCUUCCCGGCAGGAACUUCAUCGAGCCCACUUCGAGGACUUAAGAUGGCCGAAUGACCCGGUGCACAGCGUCGCAAUGAGGCUGCGAUCGUGCUCGUUCCUGCUGCUGUUGUACAUCGUGCUGCCAGGAUUGGUCCGUCCCUUCACCUCCGACGAGGAACCCGAGGAUGCCAACGAGGACGAGGAGUCCUACUUGCUGGAGGAGGACGACGACAUGCCCUCGGCUACCAUCGCCACCGACACGGAGCUCAUCUCCGAGGGUGGCGGAUACCUGCCCGUCUUCCUGGCAGAGCCUCUGGAUGCGUUCGUCGUCAAGAACAAACCAGCCACCCUGAAGUGCAAGGCCGCCCACGCUCUGGAGGUGUACUUCCGCUGCAAUGGCGAGAGGAUCGAGGGUUUCCAGCAGCAAGAUUUCGUUGAUCCACACACCGGGACUAGGAUCGUCGAUUGCGAACUCAAUGUCACCAGAGAUCAGAUCGAGGAGUACUUUGGGAAGGACAAGUUCAAGUGCGAGUGCAUCGCCUGGUCAGGGUCGGGACAGAUCAAGAGUCAGCCGGCCACGGUGGACGUCGCCUACCUGAAGAAGCAGUUCGAAUCUCCGCCAUAUUCCGUGUCCGUGGAGGCCGGACAGGGCACGGAGAUCCGCUGCCUUCCCCCGGUAGGGGUGCCACCCCCCAGGGUCUACUGGCUGCGAAAUGGGGCCGCCCUGGACACGGACACCGACACUUUGCUGGUGUCCAGCGAGGGCCACCUUCUGCUGGGACAAGCCAAACUCAGCCACCAGGCAAACUACACCUGCGUGGCGGAAAACAUCGCUGCUAAACGACUCAGCGAGCCUGCCAGUCUGACCGUCUACGUGAACGGUGGUUGGUCCUCCUGGUCGGCCUGGUCCGAGUGCCAUUCGCGAUGCGCAAAGGGCGGACAGAAGCGGACGAGGACCUGCACGAACCCGGCGCCCAUGAACGGCGGACAACCCUGUCUGGGCCCGGCCCAACAGAAGAUGGACUGCAACACUGCCUGCCCAGUGGUCGACGGUGGCUGGUCGAGGUGGUCGGCGUGGUCGGUCUGCGGAAGCGACUGCACUCAUACCAGGAGAAGGUCCUGCGACGAACCUCCACCUAGCCAUGGAGGCCGGGCCUGCCCCGGUCGGGACAUCAGUGUGGCCAACUGCACGGGAGGGAUGUGCAACGUUGGCAGUGCCAAGAUGGGAGGAGCCCAGCUGACCGAGGAAGUCAACCACCAAAUGGACGUGGCACUGUACGCAGGCCUGACGGUAGCCUGUGUGGUGAUCGGAGGAUUGGCCUUUUUCCUGACGAGGAUCCUACGACGGAAGGGUCGGGACCAUUCCCUCUACUCCAUGGCUAGAAACGAGUUCCAGCCGGAGUUCUUUCCAGACCAGGACAAGAAGCUGAGUCUGCAGCCGGACGUGACGGCAACCACCGUCCCGGCGUGCUACGAGUACCCCUUCGACCCCAAACUGUCCAUGUCCAGGUCCCUUUCCGAGCACCAUUACGACGUGCCCCAUCUUUCCAUCCCACCCCAACCGUCGCCCAUGUCCCCGACCCCCAGCACCUCCACCCAAGAGUCCUGCAGCGACAAGCAGGUGAGCUCGGACAGCGAGAACAGCGUCAGCAGCUCGUACCCCUCAUCCGACUCGACAUACAAUGUCGCGUCUGAGAGCGUCCGGUUGCCAAAACUGGAGGCUGGGAACGUAGCUCGCGCAGCCGUCAACGCCAAAGGAGCGUUGCUGGUGCUCCCGGAAUCCGGGAUCUCCAUGUCGGUUCCCGAGGGCGCGGUUCCUAAGCCGACGAAGGAGGAGCUCUACCUAGCCGUCCUCAACGAGGACAGGUUCAGGCCCCGACUGCCAGAGGGUAUAACCCAGCUAUCCGCGGUGGUGACUUGCGGCCCUUCGUCGGCAACCUUCAACAAACCAGUGAUCCUCCAAUUCGAGCACUGCGCGAUGCUCCACCCAGCCAGCUGGGAGUUGACCGUGUGGGCCAGCGACAGUCUGGACCCCGAUGAUCCGAGCAAAGACCAAGUGGUCUGGUCACGAGUCCUGACCCUAGGCAACGAGACCAUCAACACGCCGUUGUUCACCCAGCUGGACCACGCGGAGGCCUUCAUAGUGACGGAACAGCUCAGAAGCUACGUCCUGGCCGGCCAAAGCUGCGAGAACUCGAUGGCGACGAAAAGGCUCAGGCUAGCACUGUUCGCCAGCCCAGCAGGCCAGGGUUGCGUCAGGGUCUACACCGUGGAAGACACCAAAGCCGCGACCAAGGCCAUCCAAGACAGGGAGUCCCAAGUCAGGGGGUACCUCCUGGACAAGCCCCGCACCCUGCUAUUCCAGGACAACGGAGAAUCGCUAUGUGUCAGCUUGGAGGAGGUCGGCAACGAGUGGCAGAGCAAGUCCCCAACGGAACGCCAGGAGGUUCCCUUCAGGGACAUGUGGAACUGUCCGGAGAACGGAAGACACGUGUCUUUUGGACUGGACACUGGGUUCGGAUCCUCUGCCACGAGGAGCUACAAGCUGCAAGUGUGCCAGGGGAACUCGGAUGCCAGGCAAGUCUUCAGAAUCGUCUACGAUGGCACCAAGCAGCUCAUCUCUUCUGGCAGCGUCACCAGACCUCUCAGGGAAGUCACCGUUGUCAGCAGCGGACACGCCAACAACACCAGCACGGACUCCACGACGCUCAGACCUUUCCGGUUCACCAGGUCCCUCAGAAAGCAGCUCUGUCAAUGUCUGGACCCUCCUAACGCCCUCGGGAAUGACUGGAGGAUGCUGGCUCAAAGACUUCAAGUCGACAGGUACAUCAACUACUUCGCGACGAAGGCGAGUCCUACGGAGCACAUCCUGGACCUGUGGGAAGCCAGGCACCGGGAACCCACGGCAGUGACGGAUCUGUUGAACCAUCUCAGGGUAAUGGGCAGGACCGAUGCGGCAACCAUACUCGAGGCCCAACUGGGCCCGUGGCUCUGAAGUGCAUCUCGGAAGAAAGGACCAUCCGACGAGCCCAAGUGAUAAUUUAAAAUUAAUGUGAGCAGUGAGAGUUAAAAUGAACGAUGCCCGAGUGACUUCGGUGACGCUAGUGAGGGUGAAGUGCUUCGAUGGGUUCCCACGAAACGGACGUCAGGGGACUUUUGCGGAAAGUCGCCGAACGGCGAUGUCCUGGUCUAACCAGGAUAACGUCCGCCGACCCGGUCGACCAGCCCAGGUUUUAUUAAGGUAAAAAUGGCCGAUCUGGUUCACCGACCCAGGGUGCAUUUUAUGAUCGUUAAGGCGGAGAGUGGCUGGCCCAAUCGUUGGCUCGCUGGUCCUGGUUUUACCCGACGAUGAGGUAAAGAAAGUUCUGGCUUAACGACUCGGGUUUUCACCGGACUAAAAGAUGGCCGACUCGGUGACACCGAAACACUGCCUUAAACCUGCGCGGCGCUCGAGCGUCCCGCUGCUUUAUACUUGUACAUAGAAACGAGGUUUUACCCGCGCGAUUGUUGUAGGCGAACGAAGGCGCUCCCAGAGUUCAGUGAAAAUGGGAGGUUCAGGGUCCUCGAUGUCUCGAUACGCCUCGAAUGGUGAAGUUAGAAACCGUACUGAUACCCCGGAUUCCCGGAGCGACUCGUGUUGACGUCCCUAACCGCGACGUUUUCGGCCGAGUGAUAGAAAUUCCGAUUUCUCGUUUUCUUUCGAACCUACCGGUGUAUUCCUCGCGUAAAGAGAAAAAGAGUUUGUACAGAGAUGUAGAUUUACGUCGUUGGGAAAUCGAUUAUCGAGUGCACUUUGCGAAGCGGUCCAACCGGUUGGAGAAAUGGCCGGCGCGCGCACUCGGUAGGAACGCGCGUUCAAGAUGGCCGCCGAGCGUCGCUCCGGGUUUCUCUCAACUGAAUACUUUAGAGUGUCUGUUCUAUGCAUAGAGGCUACGAAAAUGGAAACGCCGUGCGAAAAACACACACGCGAGAGGGAAGUUAGACGCCGAGAUAUUAAUUUCUGCAAACCUACACGGAUAUUCCCUGGAAAUACACGUGCUUGUGCCAUACCUGCACGACGCAACUUUCAUCGCUUUCUGUUUCUAAUGAAGACUUACGAGGCACUGCUUAGCACGCGUAUAUUUUAGGAGUCUCAAGAAACAAACUCGAGGCAAGAGGCAACCCCCGGAAUUCUCCGUCUGACUUCCUCUCGACAUUUUGAACAGUAAACGUGCUAUAAUGGUUCCUUCGUUAUUUGCGAAUAUCAUAAUUCCGCUCUGUCGGGCCGCGCAUUUCUUGGAUCAACAUUUUCUGCGUUGAUGAAACGAACACCGACACCGUCUAUGCAUUUAAGCCCGUCUCAUCCUAAACUUUGUUGGUAAUGACACUGCCUACAUGUUAAAUGUGAAUAAUCAAAAGAGAAUGGAGUUUUUCUCUCUCUUUUUCUUUUUUUUUCUAUUAUUGUAACCGCGACUUCGCGAGGACUUUUAACGGCGAGUCGAGGACGUCAUAGAGACUAUACGUUUAGAUGGAUAUAUUUAUAUAAAUAUAUGUAUACAUGCAUACGUACGGAAAAAAAAAAAGAAGAAACAUGCAGGAUGUAUCGACGUUCGUGUAUAAUCGAGAACCGUCUCGAUCGAUUGUUAUACGGGGGCACAAAAUGCCGCCGAUUAAUUUCUCUUCUCGAAUCGUGCCAAAAUUCUCCGUUCGUCACCUCCUUUUUUUACGCUCAUUUUCCUCACGAAUUUCUAAUCAAGUUACAGGUAAGAACUCGACUCUCGAAUUUUCUUCAUCUUCCGCACAUUGUUACGCGUUAUUUCUCUUUCGCGAGUUAUAAACAGCAGAGAUUUUCGCUCCUUGUACAUAACACACGGAUUUACAUUUCGUCGAAGGGAACGAUCGCCGGCGGGAAUUUUGAAAUUCACUCGAGAGCUGUGGAAAUGCACUACCAUCCGAUUAAACAAAUUGUUAGGGGCUCGCACUUGCGGAGAAUAUUAUUCGAGAGUCGAGUCCCGGUUUUGCGUAUUCAAUUAACGUUUCUAUAAUUUGGUCGGCAUUGACAAGUAACGUUAAAAUGGUCUCGGUGCGCGGAGGCGCCAUCGAAGUACCGAUCGCGCGUCGCACCGUAUUCAUUUUAAUAAGCGAACGAAAAUCCGUUAAUACACGCGUACGCGGUUCAUUUGGAAGAUUGUAUAUUUGUUACUUUCAACGAAUAAAAUAUUCUUGUAUACCGAAAAUAAUUCGUUACAUAUACUUACAUGCAUUGGAACCCACUUAACAGUUUGUACACCGACCGGGCCGAGUUAGUCGAAUAUCCGCGACACUUAAAGUGGCCUGUAAUGAUCAGUGUGUCGCCUUUACAGGAAUUCCCCUUCUCGUCUCGCGUGUUCCCGGAAGCCGGGUCUUAAACGCUUUAAUUUAAUCAUUCGCAGGCAUUAAUCAUCCCCGAAGGUGCAAUUCCUCGAGCAUGGACAUGGGCGCGCUCGGGGCCCACCGGAGAGCGCAAAAGCGGACAUGCUCGGGAGACAUGAAUGCUUGUAAGUGCUAAAAGAGGCUUGUCGUUGCUACCUAGCCUACUUGUUUUAAUCAUGCCGACACUUACACGCGUGUCCUAGCUAGGACGCUUGUUCAUUUAGUGGAUCGCCGCGCGCAUUAGAGCCGCCUUAACGGGCCUUCAAAUUUGCAUCCUAUUCGCUGCACGCUCGGACACUCUAAUAACGUCCAAAGGACAUGCACAAAAAGAGAAAGUGCCGACCAGGUAAAAAAAAGAAACGUUAAAAGUGCCUCUCGAAACUCUCGGCUAUCUGCGCGGGUGAGAGGCGCAUUAACGGGUAUUAAAUUUGCAUCCUUGUACCGAACUUGAGCCUCUAAUCCGGGCGAUUUUGUCCCCUUACAGAGGCAUUCGAAAUUUAUUUUCACGCCUCUAUUAACGCAAUUAAUGCCUCGAUAAUUCUCGCAUUAUUACCAGCACUAAAUAAAAAAUACCCGCGAUCAGGCUUGGCUACUUUUAAAACCGGUUAGUCUAGUAAGUCCCCGUCA